CAUCAUCUCGAGUCUUGACUAAGGACUGUGAAGUGAAGCCAUAACCUGUUUAAAGCCAGCAGCUAUGAAUUCAGUCGUCAUCACCGUUCUCAUCAGCCUGCUUGUCCUCUGUGCACAAGGACAACAGGACACGUCGAGUAAGUGCAAGUGCUCCAAAGAUUUUGUGGGCAGGAUCAACUCAAGGCAGAUCAAAGGAGAGCCGCUCGUACUCCCCCCGAGUAUCUUCUGUCCACACACAGAGAUUAUUAUUACAACAACAGCCGAUAAGGAGAAAUGUGUCAAUCCAAAGUCACAAUUUGGACAACUCAUUCUGAAGAACAAAGACAAGCAGGAGAAGAAUGGAGCCGGCAGCAAGACAACAACAACAACAACAACAACGACCAUGAUGGCGGCUUCAAGUCAAUGAACACUUGGAGCACAAAGAGACUUCCACAGUAACCGAACUUUAAGACUCCACUGCUGCACUGAAGACAACAGAAAGGAACUGAAACAGCGUUGCUACAAUAGAAGAAGUUGUUUUUUAUCUUUGCCUCUGGCAUGUAAAUAAUUGUAUGUAAAUGAUCCAAAUGUUCUCAAUGUCCAGUAAUUAUUUCUGUGCUCUGAAUUUAAAUUAUCUUCAUGUAGGCUUUGUAUAUAUGUAUGUGUAUAUAAAUUAUCUGUAAAUUCUUUUUUAUACUGAAAAUAAAUAACAGCUGAUUGGA